AUGAAGAUAUUUGAAGCCAAAGGUGAUCUAUUUCUUAAGAGUAGCUUGUGGGAGAAUAAUUGUGGCAAUCUUUCAGUGUAUGUCACCAAGAUUAAUUACGAUGUCAGUAUUAUAUUGUGGCAUCUUGCUACUGAAAUCUGGUACAAUAGAGCGAAAUCCACAACCAGAAAUGAUGAAAGGGAAUAUAGUAAGAUUCUCUCCGACUACAUGUUGUAUCUUGUACUUAAUCAGCCUAAUGUGGUGUCCACUGUGGCGGGCAAUGCCCAAAUGAUAUUGGCAAAGACGUUGCGCGUGCUACGAAAGUGCCCCAGUCUUACAACCAAGGAUGUGGAGGGGCUAUGCAACGCAUUUUAUGAUGCUCCUCUCGAAAUCUCUGUUUUGAGACCACUCAGCGAGGGGAUCAAUUUGGCCAAAGUGAUGGAAAGCCUCGGGGAUUCGAAGUGGAAGGUGAUGAGUGGAGUGUGGGUUGAGAUACUGUCAUAUGCAGCCAUUCAUAGUAAGGGAGCUGCACAUGCACAGGUGUUGAGUAAAGGUGGAGAGCUUCUAGCCUUUGUUUGGUUGUUGAUGGCUCAUUUCGGUUGCUUCUACACUCCUGAACGGGGCAUAUAUUAUGAAGACUGGCAUGAGCUCUUCAUUCCAAGUGUAAUACAUAGGUGUCGUGACCCUCUUGAGGCGGAUCCCAAGGAGGUUUGA